GUUGUCACGACGCCGUUGUCAUAGCAACGUAGAAAAAUAAACAAGGCAUUUUAUUUGACGAAGUUGUAAAACUGAAGAAUUUGUAAAGGCCAACUUUAUUUUCGAUUAUGUCUUAUAGGGAUUUGAGGAAUUUUAGUGAAGCCAUGCGAGUGCUUGGUUUUCCGAAACCAAUCUCUUUGGAGAGCUUCAGGACUCCGAACUGGGACCUGAUGGAGGAGUGCCUCCGGUGGCUGGCUGCCAGGGUGGAGCCUGACGCGGAGCUGGGCGGGGGCAAGCAGACUGUGGAGCAACGGGUGGCACUCGUCACUCAUGCUAUCGCGCUCUUUCACUCGCGCGCCAACAUAAAGCUGAACGGCAAGCGCGUGUACGGCGCGGACGGGUGGGCGGUGCGCGAGCUGCUGAAGGUGGCGGCCAUGCUGCGCGCCGCGCUCGACGCGCCCGCCGCCGACGACCACCACCACGACUCCUCGCCGCUCAGCUACGACUUCACCAGCCGGUUGGGCGAGAUCAAACAAGCUCGUGCUCUGGCGACAGAUAUAACUGCUCAGGGUGCCUUCCUAUAUGAUCUACUGGCCAAGGAGGCAGAAAAUAAGGAGCAACGCGAGCAGGCUCUGUCCCGUCCGCUGGACAUGUCGGGCAUGGAGGGCAGCUUGCGGCGCGCGCUGGAGGCGGUGGCGGCGCAGGUGGCGGCCGCGCGCGACCACAUCGACAACGUCGCCGCCAGCGAGGCCGCGCUCGACGCCAAGCUCGAGCGCAAGCGCGCCGAGCUCGUCCGCGCUGAGAAGCGGCUGCACACUGUGCAGAAGAUCAAGCCUGCGUACCAGGGCGAGCUGACUGCGCUGGAGACGGAGAUCGAGCAGCUGUGGGACCAGUACGUGCUGCGCUACCGCUGCGUGGAGGCGCUCAAACAUCAGCUCAGCGUGCUCGAGAGCGCACAGGCAGAGGCGGCUGAAGAGCAGCAGGCUGCCAUAAUGCAGCUCAUUCACAAGUACGAGGCGGAGGACGUGCUCGGGAAACUCAGUGACUCGGAUGAGCCGGAGUCGAGCGACGACGGCAAGGAGCUGAGCGAGGUGAAGCAGCCGCGACCUGCGACCAGACCCAAAACACGGCUGAGGAUCAAAACUGCAGGCACGGUGGCGGCGGAGGCUCGGCGCGCGUUCGGCAGCAUGGCGGCGCGCGACUCGCUGGACGACAUCCGCGACGAGGACGACUCGCGCUCCGACUCCGACUUCUCCGACAAGCAGGCCUACGGGGACCUCUCCAUCUCCAGGAAGGGCGCGGCGGGCGCGGAGCACGCGCGCGGGCCGUCCGCCGCCACCUCGUUCGGUGGCGGCGACAUGCCGUCCCGCUGGUCGCGCGCGCGCCCGCGCCCCGCCACGCGCACGCUGGCGGCGGCCGACGACGACGACUUCGCCGAUCUCAUUGAAGGUGUGGAGAGCGGCGAGGCGGGGGACUCGCUGGGCAGCAGCUCGGAGAGCGAGCUGCGCGUGACGAGCGCGCGCGGCAGCGGCCGGCCCGUGCGGCCCAGCGCCGCGCCCGCGCGCGCCUCCGCGCUCAGCGACAACGAGUUCUAGGGACCACGGCCAUCACAGCGACUACACUAUGGCCGAA